AUGGCUCAACCGACAGGCGAUGUCGCCCACCAAAUCGCCCAACUAAACGCUGCCCGGAACCUAGUUCUCGGUGACGCCGCCUUCUACCCGCAGAUCAUUAACGGCAUCCUUCCUAUCGUCGGACCUAAUGCGAAACUGGAAUUACGUCGAUGGGGCGCGGACUUCCUAGCAGAAACUUUUGCUAGUCCUCAGCUGGCGACCGCACAGAAAGAGCAGCUGGCACAAAAUGUCUUGCAGAGCAUUCAAGAGACCAUGUUGCUGCCAGAGGUGGACGCAGCCGUCCUGCAGAGCUUGGUGCAGACUGCAGCGAGCUUGUACCCGAUCAUUUUUCGCCAUAUUGUGAACCACCCUGAAGAUAGUCAGUCAUGGGAAAAGAUGAAUACAAUCAAGCAAGAUAUCCUGCGGCGGAUGGACUCUUUCCCGUGUCCUGUGAAGAUUUGCUGUGUCAAGUUCCUACAACGCGUGGUGCAGGUUCAGACGCCUGGUCUGAUUGCUGAUCCCAGGCGGCCAGAUCAAAACGAAACCUCGUUAGCCAUCGUUCCCCGUAACCACGCCGUUCUUACCAUUCCACACUUAGAGGCCGAGGCAUCAGGUCUACUAGAUAGACUUCUGGGCGUGUUCCAAGAAGAGACAAGUGACGCCUUACUUGUCAACGCCACUUUGAAUUGCCUCGCACCUCUAAUUCGCACGCGUCAGUCGAUCGCAAACAAGGUCAUCAAUACCGUUCUAGAUUUUUACCCAGCGAAACAUGUCCGCCCACCAUUUACGCCCGCUGUCCGCGUUGGAGUCAAGUCAAUGGAGCGCACAGCUCGCGCAUUGCUGAUCCACAUUCUGAAGAAGAACCCGAGUCACCCUCUGCUAGGGAGGAUCCAAGUGUAUAUUGAGCGACUCAUGCAGUCUCGACUAGAGGUGGUGGAUGACGCUUCUCGGAAACGCACAUUACCUGUUGAACCUACAGAUGGCCUUGAUAACGCCAAGCGAGCUCGUCUCGAUGCUCUCACCCCGCCAGUACUCCAGAUCCCUCCGAUGCUCCCAGGUCCCGCGGCCUAUGAUAAGCUUUUUACGUUGACCCAAGAUCACGGCCUUUCCUCCUUCGACGUGAAGCAGUUGCCUCCUGAUCUUGUUGUCAAGAUUGCCGUGCCCCUUCUUGCCCAAGUCAACCCAUUAAUGCUGACGCAAGCCGUCGAGGCUAUUCGAAACCGAUAUCAAGCAGUUACAAAGGAGCAGAACUUGGCACGUCAACAGCAGCAGCCUGCGGCAGCCGCCGAUGAUGACGAUGACUAUGAACCAGAAUAUCAGCCCAUGGACGUAUCGGACAAUACCGCGGAAGACGCUAGUGCCGCCGUGCCUGAAGUGCCUGAAUAUCAACCCGAACUAGUCUCUCUGGGUCCAUUUGUCCUGCCCCAGCCACCACCACUGAGUGAAGAAGAGGCCGGAGAGGUCGGCCGUAGUGCCGUUGCGCGCGUCUUUUCCAUGAUCAAUGUUGCUGAAACAGACUCGCCCGCCAAGAACAAAAACCAGCAGCAACUUGGGUUUGCUCGGUUGGCUGGAAGUAACUUUGACCGAGACGCAUGGGUUUUGCUCCUCACCCGACUGGCCACUCGUGCUCCAGCUGGCCUGGAAGGGGGUGAUAAGUUGGGUAAAGGGGGCUCUGACCGAAGACAACCCACCAUUUCUGAUUCCAUCCGUGAGACUCUGUUCCAAUAUAUCCUGGAGGAUUUCCGGGGCAGGUUGAAUAUCGGCAUCACCUGGCUCAAUGAGGAGUGGUACAACGACCGUAUCCAGAUGAAAGUCGCCGCGUCUAAGCGUUAUGACGAGGAAGACAUCGAACCAACGGUGGUUUCCCAUUAUGACACCUGGGUUAUGCGUCUUCUAGAAGGAAUCCUUCUCUACCUUGACUCGCGCGACAUCAAAGUGAUUGUUCGUUUCCUAAGUGAAAUUCCCGAGGUCACUGUCAACAUUACGCAAAAAGUAGCCACCCUCGCCAAGGAUCCUGAACGUGUUAAUCUCUGCGUACAGGCUUUAAUGUACUUGAUUAUGUUCCGGCCUCCAGCACGAGAGAUGUGCCUGAACACCCUUGAGGAUAUUUAUCAGACUUAUGAGGACUCGCGUCCAGCGGCAGGCAAGGUCUUGGCCAAGUGGCGCCCGCAGCAAACAAAACCCACAGAAGAGGUCACCAAUGGUGCAUCAGAUGCGGCACAGUCAGGGGUGCAGGCCAGUGCUGCACCGUAA